AUGGCGUCAACCACCAACGCUCCUACGACUGAAUCGUCCAAGCCAAAGGCCUUCAGCAUCGCCAUUGCUGGCGGAGGCAUCAGUGGCCUGACUCUGGCACUUGGCCUCCUCAAGUAUGAGCACAUCGACGUCCAGAUCUAUGAAGCCGCACCCGCUUUUGGUGAAAUAGGCGCUGGUGUCGCUAUUGGACCCAACAGCCAGCGCGCUCUCAAACUCAUAGGACCCCAUGCACGGGACGCUUUCGACAAGCAUGCGACAUCGAACAUGUGGGAAGCUUACGCCGAUGUCUUCACAGAACACAUUGUCGGCGCAGGCGAGCAUGAAGGCGAAGCAUUCGCUUCCCAGAAGACCCAAGGCGGCAUGCGAAGCGUACACCGCGCUCAGUUCCUCGACGAGCUUGUCAAAGGAGUGCCUGCUGAACGUGCACACUUCAACAAGCGCCUCCAAUCCACCGAGGAAAAAGAAGGCGGCGGCGUGUUUCUCCACUUCAAGGACGGCACGACUGCAACGGCGGAUGCCGUCGUUGGAGCGGACGGCAUCCACAGCACCAUACGCGAGUAUCUCCUCGGAGAGCGCGACAUGGCUGCUCACUCCGUCUUUGCGGGCUCGGUCGCCUAUAGAGGACUUAUUCCAAUGGACAAGGCGGUGGAGAAACUGGGUGCUGAGUACGCGCAGAACUCGAUGAUGCUUUGCGGUCCCGGCAAAGCGAUUCUCAGCUACCCCACCGACCUCGGCAAGAUUAUGAACGCGGUAGUGAUAGACUUUGAGCGACCAGACUGGGACAGCGACAAGUGGAUCAUGCCAGCCACCUCCGAACAGCUUAACCGCCUCUUGAGCGGCUGGGGCAAAAAGGCGCACGGUCUCAUCGAGCUCCUCGAUAGUCCGAGUCUGACCGCUUGGGCCAUGCGUGACGACCUCCCCGCCUCCACGUACGCCAUCGGCCCCGUAGCGAUGAUGGGCGAUGCCGCUCACGCCUCGACUCCCUUCCAGGGCCAAGGCGCCGGACAGGCGAUCGAAGACGCUCUCGUGCUCGAGACCCUUCUCGGACGCGUACACGAUCCGAAGCACAUCCCCAACGCUUUCGCGGCGUAUGAUCAGGUCCGGAGACCGAGGAGCCAGAGGGUCGUGAAGACGUCACGGGAGGCGGGGGAACUGUUCGGCAUGAUGGCGAAGGGGGUGGGGAGUGAUCUGAAGAAGAUCGCAGAGCAGGCGGACACGAGGAUGCACUGGAUCUGGAAUCGGGAUCUGGAAAAGCAGAACGGAGAGGCGAUUGCGCUGUUCGAGGAGAGUUUGUGA